GUCUCAAAAACUUUUAACAAGCAAGUAACUCAUGUUGUGUUCAAAGACGGAUACCCACGCACCUGGGACAAAGCCCGAGAGAGAGGCGUCAAGCUCGUCUCUGUGCUCUGGGUCGAAAAUGCACUUGAACUUCCUUCAGCAGAACUUAGACCUUUAUUUUAGGUUCUGUGUCUGCUUUGUUAGGGGCUGUCCAAGCUAUGGCUCCUGUUUUCCACUGAAAACGUGAACAGUACAUAGGAAAGGUCACUAGGUGUCGCUAGAAUCCCACUCGUGAGGUUAUUUCUGGGAGUUUCCUUUAUAAGAACAGACAACUGAGAUCUCAGGUUCAAGAUUGUUCUUCAACCUGAAGUUUGUCGAGCCUGUUCCUGCGGAGAAAAGCGGUGUGUGAAAAGGAACAGUGCUUCUAAAACACCUGCCAGCUAGACCGUCCUGCUAGCAGCAAGCGUUUGGUGAGGCUGAGUCAAAAACAGCAAGCAACGCGCACCAUCUCCUCACUGUUACCAAAGUCACAGACGUUCCCGGUCUCGGCACAGGUUUGUGGAGGAGACAGGCCUGGCGUCCACAGGACCUCAGCUAGUCGUCAGAGUCGGGGCUCAGCCAGGUGCAACUUCAUGAUGCUGAUUAGGUGCAGGACGGCCGGGGCACACGUCGACGAGGCCCUGUUCCCUGCGACGAACACCCACGAACACCUGCCCUGCCUCAUUAAAAAAAAACAUAGGUGUAUGCAGCCCAAAGAUUUUACUCCUAAAACACCAGAAAAUGAUAAGAGACUUCAAAAGAAAUUUGAGAAAAUGGCUAAUGAGCUACAAAGGCAAAAAACAACAUUAGAUAACGAUGUCCCUGUCCUCUUGUUUGAGUCCAAUGGCGCCUUGAUGUACAGCCCCACAGCCACGGCGUACAGAGGUCGUCACCGCGCCAUGGAGCAGAGGCUGCAGGAGAUGAAGGAGAAGCGGGCAAACCUCUCCCCGACCUCUUCCCAGAUGAUGGAAAAGUCUUUCGAUAGCCCAGCUCACGCCUCCUGUGAAGCGUCUUUGAAUAUCUCCCAUGACACUUUGUGUUCAGAGGACUCCUGGGCUGGCGGCCUGCAGUCAUCUUUGGAGGAUCCUUGUGGAGACUCGGGGCAUGGGGAUCAGGAGAGGAAAUUGGGAGGACCCACUGACGACCCUAGAAGCCCCCUGUGUGCUUCGUCACCGGCAUUGGAAACGAGCAGCGUCCGCUCACCCGCGUCUCCCAGGUACCUCGGCCGGCUAGCGCCUCAGAUGCCUGAGCGCCAUCGUGCGGAGGAGGACGCGGGUUGGCAGACGGACCCUGCAGGCGCGGCGGCCACCCCUGACCAGCAGCCUUCGGUAACUCAAGGCCACCAUCUGGGACACACAGCCAGGAGCUCCUCCUCGAAGAGAAAGCGCCCGUUGGAGCACGCCCACACGCCCCAGGAGGGGAGGCCGAAGAAGCCCAAGUGCGGCCGGAAGUCUGCUGUGCGGCUGUUCUCCUCCCCCAGGGGCCAGGUCCCGGCCAGCCCUGCCGUGGGGACUCCUCCUGGGGGCACGUCCUCCUAUGAGGAUUACUUCUCACCAGACAACCUCCGGGAGAGGAGCCUGGGGACUCUCCCUCCAGGGCUGCAGUCACCUCCCGGCCCCGCCCACCCCCCCUGCAGAGCCGGGCUCUCCAGGCGGGAGCGAGCCAGCAUCCUGGGCAUGUCCGACUUCUCCUGCCUGGGCAAGGACCCCAGCUUGGUCCCCGCUACCAGUGCCACCGCCCAGGCCAGCCCCAGGCUUCAUGCUCCUGCAAGUGGGGAGUCCCACGCACCCUUCCUGAGGAACAUGCCUGCUGCCGAGGACGCUCUGGGGCGCGGCCCCCCUGAGGGUGCUCAGAGAGGAGACGGGGGCCCUGAGGGACACCACGGGGCCGUCACCCCCGGCGGUAAGGAGAGCGGGGACCCGGCAGACAUGAGGUGCCCGCAGGAAGAGGACGCCACCUCUGGACGGUUGAGUUCCCCUGCAGGUGUCAGGCCUGGACCGGCGAGGCAGGAUGUCCCGGAAGGCACCCAGGAAGGCCGUGAGGACCUCGCCAGACCCGUGGCCGCGAAGAAGAGAGGGAGAGGCCCCAAGCCAGUGAGAACAUUGGUCAUGACCAGCAUGCCAGCUGACAAGCAGAGCAUCGUCACCCGGGUGGUGGCCAAACUGAAAGGCUUCUCGUUGGCCCGAGAAGUGUGUGAGAGCACCACCCACGUGCUGGCCGGGCAGGCGCUGCGCACCCUCAACGUGCUGCUGGGCCUGGCUCGCGGCUGCUGGAUCCUCUCCUACGAGUGGGUCCUGUGGUCUUUGGAACUGGGUCACUGGAUUUCUGAGGAACCCUUCGAGCUCUCCGACUCCUUUCCUGCCGCUCCGCUUUGAAAGGUGAUGCUGUUGCUGCCCGUAGAGACAGACUGAUAGGUGUAAAAACGUGGCCUGCCAGCCGUACGCCGCGGACUUUGUUUUCCCGUUUCCCUAAACUCGGCUUCCACUUGACCGAUGCGAAUGGGUAGGCGCCAGGGCCUGGUUUCCGAAGGCUGAGGCCGGAUCCCGCAGGUGGUCUCGGUGGCUGGGGAGCAGGACUGCGCAGCUGUCGACUGGUGCAUGACGGUUUGUUCAUGCAGAAGGUUACGACCUGGAAGGCGAACGGCGAUGGUCUCGGCACCAGCCUUGGUGCGUUUUGGCCGCUC